GCGCCAGGCGGCGACAUGGGGAACGCGGAGCCGGCGCGGCGGCCCCGGAGCUCGCAGCCUGCACCCAUGCUGCUGUUCCUCGCAGCGGCUGCAGCGCUGCUGGCCCUGCCGGGCGCGCUCGGGCGCCCCGCCGAGAAGGACGAGGAGUUGGUGCUGCCGGUGCUGGAGCACGCCGCGGAACACGAAACCACGCGCCUUAGCCUGGAUGCCUUUGGUCGGCCGCUGCGCUUGGAGCUGCAGCCGGACCGCGGCUUCCUGGCGCCUGGCUUCACACUCCAGACAGUGGGGCGCAUACCUGGGCCCGAGGUGCUGCACUCGGAGCCCGUAGGCGACCUGGCGCACUGCUUCUACUCCGGCACGGUGAACGGCGACCCCGGCUCCGCCGCCGCCCUCAGCCUCUGCGAGGGCGUGCGCGGCGCCUUCUACCUGCAGGGCGAGGAGUUCUUCAUCCAGCCUGCACCCGCAGCCCCCACCGUGCGCCUCGCCCCCGUGGCUGCCGGGGAGGAGCCGUCGCAGCGGCCGCAGUUCCAUCUCCUGCGGCGGAGGCGGCGGGGCGGUGGCGGCGGCGCCAAGUGCGGGGCCGUGGACGACGAAACCUUGCCCCCGAGAGGCGUGGGGCCCGAGGGAGAGGACGCCGGGGCUCAGUGGCCGCAGCGCGCCGCACAGUCAUCAGGAACUGGAAGCAUAAGAAAGAAGCGUUUUGUGUCCAGUCCCCGCUAUGUGGAGACCAUGCUUGUGGCCGACCAGUCAAUGGCCGAGUUCCACGGUAGUGGCCUGAAGCACUACCUUCUCACCUUGUUCUCCGUGGCCUCCCGGUUGUACAAACACCCCAGCAUUCGGAAUUCAGUUAGCCUGGUGGUGGUGAAGAUCCUGGUCAUCUAUGAGGAACAGAAGGGGCCAGAAGUGACCUCUAAUGCUGCUCUUACGCUUCGGAGCUUCUGCAAUUGGCAAAAGCAGCACAACCCACCCAGUGACCGGGAUCCCGGGCACUAUGACACGGCGAUUCUUUUCACCAGACAGGACCUAUGUGGCUCCCUUACGUGUGACACUCUGGGAAUGGCUGAUGUUGGGACUAUGUGUGAUGCCAGCAGAAGCUGCUCAGUCAUAGAAGAUGAUGGUUUACAAGCUGCCUUCACCACAGCCCAUGAAUUAGGCCACGUGUUUAACAUGCCUCACGAUGAUGCAAAGCAGUGUGCCAGCAUUAACGGCGUGCACCACGAUUCCCACAUGAUGGCGUCAAUGCUCUCCAACCUGAACCGCAGCCAGCCUUGGUCUCCUUGCAGCGCCUACAUGAUUACAUCGUUUCUGGAUAACGGUCACGGGGAAUGUUUGAUGGACAAGCCCCAGAGUCCCAUACAGCUGCCCUCCGAUUUUCCGGGGACCUUGUACAAUGCCACCCAGCAGUGCCAGUUCACGUUUGGGGAGGAAUCCAGGCACUGCCCCGAUGCAGCCAGCACAUGCACAACCCUGUGGUGCACGGGCAUCUCCGGUGGGCUGCUGGUGUGCCAAACCAAACACUUCCCUUGGGCAGAUGGGACCAGCUGUGGUGACGCGAAGUGGUGUGUUGGCGGCAAGUGCGUGAACAAGACCGACAGGGAGCAUUUUGAUACCCCUGUUAACGGAAGCUGGGGGCCCUGGGGGCCCUGGGGAGACUGUUCGAGGACGUGUGGUGGAGGAGUGCAGUAUACAAUGAGGGAGUGUGACAACCCCAUCCCAAAGAAUGGAGGGAGGUACUGUGAAGGCAAGAGAGUGCGCUACCGGUCCUGCAACAUUGAGGACUGUCCGGAUAAUAACGGAAAAACCUUCAGAGAGGAACAGUGUGAGGCGCACAAUGACUUUUCAAAAGCUUCCUUUGGGAGCGGGCCUGCCGUGGAGUGGACGCCCAAGUAUGCUGGCGUUUCCCCAAAGGACAGGUGCAAGCUCAUCUGUCAAGCCAAAGGCAUGGGCUAUUUCUUUGUUUUGCAGCCCAAGGUUGUAGAUGGUACUCCGUGUAGCCCAGAUUCCACCUCUGUCUGUGUGCAAGGACAGUGUGUAAAAGCUGGCUGUGAUCGUAUCAUAGACUCCAAAAAGAAAUUUGAUAAAUGUGGUAUUUGUGGAGGAAAUGGAUCUACAUGUAAAAAAAUAGUUGGAUCAGUUACUAGAGCAAAACCUGGAUAUCAUGACAUUGUCACAAUUCCGUCUGGAGCCACGAACAUUGAAGUGAAACAUCGAAAUCACAGAGGAUCCAGAAAUAAUGGAAGCUUUCUUGCCAUCAGAGCUGCCGAUGGCACAUAUAUCCUUAAUGGUGACUUCACCUUGUCCACUUUAGAGCAAGACAUCACGUACAAAGGUAGUGUCUUGAGGUACAGUGGCUCUUCUGCGGCAUUGGAAAGAAUUCUCAGCUUUAGCCCACUCAAAGAGCCCUUAACCAUCCAGGUCCUUACUGUGGGCAAUGCCCUCCGACCUAAAAUUAAAUAUACUUAUUUUGUGAAGAAGAAGAAGGAAUCUUUCAACGCUAUUCCCACCUUCUCAGAAUGGGUCAUUGAAGAAUGGGGCGAGUGUUCCAAGUCAUGUGGAUCGGGGUGGCAGCGGAGACUGGUGGAAUGCAGAGACAUUAAUGGGCUGCCUGCUUCAGAGUGUGCCAAGGAAGUGAAGCCAGCCAGCACCAGGCCCUGUGCAAACAUGCCCUGUCCGCACUGGCAGCUGGGGGAGUGGUCCCCAUGUUCUAAGACUUGUGGGAAGGGUUACAAAAAGAGAACCUUGAAGUGUCUGUCCCAUGAUGGGGGGGUGUUGGCCCAUGAGAGCUGUGACCCUUUAAAGAAACCUAAGCAUUACAUAGACUUUUGCACGAUGGCGGAAUGCAGUUAAGCAGGGUCAGGGAUGAGGGAGAAGCAAAGUGCAGAAGGGCUGAUGCACUGAAAUCAAGCCUGGAGGGACCCAACGUACCUUGCAGGUCAUCGAUGAGGAGUGUCAAUGAGAUGGGAGCUUGGAAGU